AAUAACACCUUUAAUAUUUCCUUUAUAAAAGCGGCAAAACAUAUUUUGUUCUGCAACUGAAAACCGAUUGAAUUCUUUGUAAUCGAAUCAUUGAAAAUUAAGUUUAUCGACAUGACUAGUCAUAUCUUCGAUGGGAUUUUGAGAAAAAUUUCUGAUGCACCGCCAACUCAUUACACGGUAAAAAUCCAGUCGGUUUCAUUGCUCACCAAAAAAUCAGUGGAGAAAUACGAAUCCGGGGACUUUGAAGCCGGAGGACACAAAUGGAAACUGGUUUUCUAUCCAAAUGGAAACAAGAACAGGAAUGUAAAAGAACACAUCUCUCUCUACUUGGUAAGGUCAGGAUCAAAUGCUCUCCAGGUUUCAUCGGAAGUGUAUGCUGUUUUCAGGUUGUUUUUGCUCGAUCAGAACAAUGGGAACUACACUGUUUUUCAAGAAGAAAAGGAAAGGUGCUUUCAUGGGUUGAAACCCGAAUGGGGAUUCGAUCAAUUUCUCUCGCACAAAGUUUUCAAUGAAGCUUCCAAUGGAUUCCUCAUUGAUGACAACUGUGUGUUCGGAGCGGAGGUCUUUGUUUCUAAAGAGAGCAUGACAGGCAAAGGAGAGUGUCUAUCGAUGGUAAAGGAUCCUGUUAUGUACAAGAAUAUUUGGAGGAUUGACAACUUCUCAAAGCUAGUCGGCGAAUCCUACGACUCAAAAGUAUUCACUGCCGGAGACCAGAAAUGGAAGAUGCAGCUCUAUCCCAAGGGAAAAGGCAAUGGAAUUGGUACCCAUCUGGCUCUUUAUCUGGCGUUAGCCGAACCGAAAUCUCUUCCUCCUGGCUGUAAAAUAUAUGCAGAGUCUACCCUGCGCCUCCUAGACCAGGUGAAUGGCAGGCAUCAGUUUGGUAAAGCAAAUCAUUGGUUCAGUGCCUCAAAUUCGGAAUGGGGAUGGUGGAGAUUCAUUACACUGGGAUUUUUGAAUCAGGCAAGCAUGGGGCUUGUGUCGAAGGAUACAUGCAUCGUCGAGGCAGAGGUCACCGUCCAUGGAAUUACUAGUGCACUGUAGCCGAAUUGUAAAACAGUAAUAAAUGUCUGCUGUGUGAAACUUUGGGGCGUAAAAUACUAAAAAAUGUCAAAUAAGGUGUUAAAACCAUAUUCGCUAGACUUAUUAGUCCUGUGUAUGGAAGUACUGCUUCCGACCUUCAUGGUGAAUAAAUACAUCAUUCUCUAUUCUUCA